AUGUUUUUGUCCAAGACAAAGGCAAAAGAGGUGUGUUUGAUGCAUCUGCACGAAGUGGUCUCGGGGAUGGAAGAGAGGAUAAGAGGUUCAUAUUCAGAGGAUCUAAAGCUUGAUCGCGAAAAGCUGACCGAUAUGAUGAUCCUUGACGGUUGCUUCAUCCUCACAUUAUUGAUAGUAGUUUCAAAGAAGAGUUGGCGUAAGAAUUACUCUAACGACCCGAUUUUCACUUUGAGAUGGAUUCUACCAACUCUUCGGAGUGAUCUUCUCCUUCUUGAAAACCAGGUUCCACUUUUCCUUCUUCAAGAUCUCCUCAAGACUUCGAAGCUCUUUCCUUCCAGUAACCUAAACGAGAUGAUAUUUGCAUUCUUUAGCUAUUCAAUUAAAAAACCAAAAGAAUUUUGGGAAAAAAGAAAGAAUCUUGAUGCAAGCCAUCUUUUAGAUCUCAUCCGUAAAACUUACAUACCUAAUCAAGCGGAGACACCAACAGUACCGACUCUACGCCCUUUUCUCAGUAUGAUUCUCUCAGCCAAGAAACUUCGACUGAGAGGAAUAGAGUUCAAGAAAAAAGAGAAAUUUGAGACACCGCUUGACAUAACUCUGAAGAACGGUGUGCUUGAAAUACCAAAACUAACAUUCGAUGACUUCUUCACCUCUCUUUUGGUCAACUGUGUCGCCUUUGAGCAGUUUAAUAUGAGAUGCUCCACCGAAAUGACAAGCUAUGUUACAUUCAUGGGUUGCCUCAUAAACUCUGAAGAGGAUGCAACGUUCUUAAGCGAGAAAGGGAUCAUAGAGAACUACUUCGGGACAGGAGAACAAGUGUCUUUGUUCUUCAAGAACACAGGCAAAGACGUUGCGUUUUCGAUAUCCAAGAGUUUCUUGUCGAAUGUGUUCGAGGGAGUGAACAAGUACACUUCACAAGGGUACCACGUACAAUGGGCAGGAUUCAAGUACACACAUUUCAACAGUUCCUGGACAUUUCUAUCACCUUUUGCUGCUUUGAUGCUUCUUCUCUUUACCUUCUUCCAAGCUUUCUUUGCAGCCUAUGCUUACUUUCGCCCUCCCAAUUAA